ACCAAUUGACUCUGUAGAGCAGGCUACAAUACAUCAUACAUGCACCUCCUAUAUAAACGAGAUGAGAUGCAUAGAAACAGGAAGAGUCUGUGUAAUUAAGUUGUAAUAAAACCUUUGAUAGUACAGUUUCUUCUCUGCAUUCCUCUGUCUUGUUUUAUAACGCACCCCCCCAGUAUUUCUGUUCCUGCGACAAUGGUUUCUCAAUCUUACAACGAUCAACGCCCCGACAACACCAAUGUUGACCGAAGGUCUGCGAAAGAGAAAGCCAUUGAUGAUUGGCUUCCCAUAACAUCGUCGAGGGAAGCAAAAUGGUGGUACUCUGCAUUUCACAAUGUCACUGCUAUGGUUGGAGCUGGAGUUCUCAGUCUUCCUUAUGCCAUGUCAGAACUAGGAUGGGGUCCGGGUGUUGCUGUUCUAGUAAUAUCUUGGGUUGUCACCUUAUACACAUUGUGGCAGAUGGUAGAGAUGCAUGAAAUGGUUCCUGGGAGACGUUUCGACAGGUACCACGAGCUAGGGCAGUACGCUUUUGGAGAAAAGCUUGGUCUCUACAUUGUUGUGCCUCAACAGCUUAUUGUGGAAGUAGGUGUGGACAUUGUCUACAUGGUCACAGGAGGAAAAUCUCUGCAAAAAUUUCAUAAUUUAGUCUGCUCAGAUGAUUGCAAAGAUAUCAAGCUGACCUACUUCAUUAUGAUAUUUGCCUCUGUCCAUUUUGUCAUCUCCCAUCUCCCCAACUUCAAUUCCAUUUCAUGGGUGUCGUUGGUUGCCGCAAUUAUGUCCUUAAGUUACUCCACCAUUGCUUGGACAUCCUCUGUUAAGAAAGGAGUUCAACCAGAUGUUGAAUACGGCUACAAAGCCAAGUCUACUGCAGGAACAGUUUUUGGCUUUUUAAGUGCUCUGGGAGAUGUUGCUUUUGCGUAUGCUGGCCACAAUGUGGUUUUGGAAAUUCAAGCAACAAUCCCUUCUACCCCUGAGAAGCCGUCCAAGGGUCCAAUGUGGAAGGGAGUCGUCGUAGCAUACAUAGUUGUGGCCUUGUGCUACUUCCCUGUUGCUCUAAUAGGAUAUUGGAUGUUUGGAAAUUCAGUUUCAGAUAACAUACUCAUUACCUUAAAAAACCCUAAGUGGCUCAUCGCAAUGGCCAACAUGUUUGUUGUUUUCCACGUUAUCGGGAGCUAUCAGAUUUAUGCAAUGCCAGUAUUUGAUAUGAUAGAAACAGUGUUGGUGAAGAAAUUGAAAUUCCCUCCAAGUUUUGCACUGCGUUUUGUUUCAAGGAACUUAUAUGUUGCUUUUACCAUGUUUGUCGGCAUUUGUUUCCCUUUCUUCGGUGGUCUCCUUGGAUUUUUCGGAGGAUUUGCCUUUGCCCCUACCACGUAUUUCCUCCCUUGUGUUAUGUGGCUGUCUAUCUACAAACCGAAGAGAUUUAGCCUCUCUUGGAUUGCCAACUGGAUUUGCAUUAUUAUGGGAGUCUUGCUGAUGAUUUUAUCACCUAUUGGAGGGCUAAGGCAGAUCAUAAUUCAGGCCAAGACCUAUGAAUUUUUCUCAUAAGUGUUUCUGGGCAUGAGAGAACUUAUUUCAUAGAAGUGUUCAGAAUAUUCUUCAAAUUAUCAGUCUACUGAUGAUUACCACGAAAAAUCAAAACCGUGUUUCAAGUAAAAGUACUAGCAGGGAACAGUUAUUAGUGUGUAAAAUCAGAAAUCCGCAAAUAUUUGAUAUUUAAGGUUUUUUCUAUCUAAAUUGGUCAUUAUCAAGCUGGUGCCUUUUGCUGUUUGUGUUUACAGUUUCCCUUAAUAUAUUGUAUAUGCAACUUUAUAUAUGAUUCCUCUCUUUGUGCAAUGUAAA